UUAACGUAAAUAUUCUGACAACUAGUUGACACUUUUCUACUUAAUAUUUUAACGUUUUGAUACCAACUACUCUCACAUUCUCCGAUUUGACGAAGGCGGCAAAUUUUCUGUAAUUGCUACUUGGCAUAGCAUGAGAAGAGUUCUAUCUAGAUCUGACGGCAAAUAUACGAAAUAUCGAGAUAGUGAACCAUAUUCGUUGGGAAACUUAGAUCUAGUUAAUUUAAGGCUUAAUUUGCCUUCUGAACAAGAGGAUUCUCCACGGUCCAGAGUAUUUGACAAAGGCUCGGGAGAUACAUACGGUGAAUACCAAAAUUGCCAUUCUCUUCAAAGCAAAGAUAUUCGCUACGAACUCAAAGCUGGUCCUCAUAGAAAUCCAGGAGGAUAUGAAAAUAGACCGAAAUACAAAAAAGCACAAAGGGGUCUUUCUUCGGAGGACGUUGUUUUAAUAUAUUCGAAAGACGGCAGUAAAAAAGUUAUCCAAACUGCACCGAUAAAUCAAAACGAUUUCUUGUAUCCCUCUAAAAAAAAACUUGGAUCUAGACCGACAGAAUACUGGAAAACAGGAAAAACGACGGAAAGGAAUCAUUGUCUGAACGCCGAAACUGUGGACUCAAAAAAUAGCUUUCCGUUUAAAGUAACUCCAAGUGGUAAACUGAAAGUUGAAUCAUCUCAGGUUGUUUUUUCUUCAAAAAAAUUGAGUGUUCUUGUUGCUGAUCCAAAGAAUACUAAGGUUAAUAUAGAUCCAGAACCGGUGAGUGUUAAACCUUCAUUGGAAAUGGCUCAACACGAUCACGCAGAUUUUACCAAAAACUCACAUACCCCAAUGGAAACGCUUAUGAGUCAGGCUGGCGGAUUUUCAUCAUUAGGAUCUCUGAUAGGAAAUUCGCCAAUUCGAAGUCCUACCAAAGAGGCAUCCGAAUACGAAAGCAAGCAAACUAGUGAAAUUUUAGACCCUGAAUUAAACUUGGGCCGACUAGGAUAUAGUGGAUCAGAUGUUAUCAGUUGGGAAAAAGUAAAGUUACCCGAAAAGCAAAACUUAUAUUUGGAAUUGUAUCACCGGAUCACGAAUAACACAAAUGCAGAUUGUAAAGUGUAUAUUGACAAUGAAGAAUUUAAUUGCCAUUUAAUAGUGCUUCAGUGUUAUUCCGAAUUAUUCGAUGCUUAUGUUGCAGUGAAGAAAGUGGAAUUGCCAUCGGACAAGUGCAGUGUGGCUGCGUUUUCUUUCAUUUACGACUGGAUGAUAACCGGAGAACCCUCCUAUGUUCACCUAAGCAGAGAGAAUGUUCUUGACAUAUUUAUUUCAACAAAGUACUUGAAAAUUAAAGAUUUAGUGGAACAAUGUUGGGCAUUCAUAGAUAACGUUGACGUCUUCAACGAGGACACUGCCUUCCUUCUUUACAUGGACGCGAAAAAACGAAAUUUACCAGAAGUAAAGGAACUGAUGCUGCCCAGAAUUCAACUAUUUUUCCUAAUGUUGGUCAGCUCGCAGGACUGGCUCGAAUUAGAAGUGGAUGAUAUAAAAAAUUUGCUCAAGUCAAAUUAUAUUGCAGUCAACUGUGAAAUGGAAAUUUUCAUGUCAGCUGUUCGUUGGCUGAAACACGACUGGCAAAACAGGGAUAAGUAUAAGUACGAAGUUCUCGACUGUAUACGAUUUGGAAAUAUCGCUCCUUGGCAACUGGUCGACAUCAAAAGAAAUCCCGAAAAUCCAGAUUUUAUGGAUUUGGCUAAAGACUUGAGAAUAUGCAAAAUGAUUGACGAUGGGCUUGCAUAUGUUAUAAUUAAGUAUUGGUAUGGCCAAGAAAAUGAGGACUUUCAGCAUUGGAACACAGUACUAGGACUACAAGAACCACCAGCUCGAAAUUGGAAUGGACCAGACAAAACGUAUUUUACUUUUAGAGAGUUUUUGAUUUAUUUGGAUCAGUAUCGCCGAAAUCAGUUGAUUGAAAGGAACAAGCCAAAGUUAUCGGAAAAGCCAGAGAAAAAACCUAAGGAAGGAAAAUAUGUUUCUGAAAAAAACUCUCCGCGUAUUCCGACCAUGGAGGAGUUUAUGACCAAAAAGAGGGCGAAUACACAGAAGAAAGUAAAUAAAGUGGUAUCGUAAACUGGUGUUCCCAUCAGCAUUAUGCAAAUAAUAUAGAAAUAUUUUGUAUUUUUUAAAUAAAUAUUCACCGCACA